UGUGCUUACCUUCAGAUCUUGAUUUCCAUCAAUAGUGGAUAGAAUUCAAAUUCAUAUGGGCCAAUCUGAGAAAGGCGCUGACGGUCAUGAAGCGCUCUGUGUCCCUGCACGCAGGAAGUUACUGUCACGGAUGCAUCCGUGUGAGAUUCACCUGCACUUGUCCUGUGUCGAUUAGCGCGUCCUUGGUGGUUAAUUAAAGUGGAAGUCUUCCGUGAAUUUCUAACGCGAAAAUGUCGGAGUCUGAGGAAGAAGACUUCGUCAUGUAUGGCACGCCACUCGAUCCGAUCGAAGAAGACGACUUGAAGCGGAAAAAACCAACAUCCGUCGAAGAUCAGAUCGUCACGGAUGAGCAAGGAAGACGAAGAUUCCAUGGAGCUUUCACGGGCGGAUUCUCGGCGGGGUUUUACAAUUCGGUGGGAACUCGUGAUGGCUGGUCACCGGCGACGUUUACUUCUAGCAGGCAAAAGCGAAAUGCUACGAUGCCCCGCGGAGCCGAACAUUACAUGGAUGAUGAAGAUGUCGGAGAAUUCGGGUUCGCACCGAAGGGCAUUAUCGCCACUGAUACAUUUAUUUCCCGGUUAGAUUCUGCCAAACUAUUGGCAGCUAAACGCAGAAAAAUGGAAGCUGGCACGGAAGUUAUCCCGGGAGCAUCGUUUCUUGAGGAUAUGAUUACCCCAGUCAAGGAUUCUAAAGGAGUGGUUCUUCUGCGUCAAAUGGGCUGGAAGCCAGGGCAAGGGGUUGGUCCGCGUGUUUCGAAAGAUACGCCUGAAGAGGGAGAAGAGGAAGAAAGAAAAGUAUAUGGCUGUCACAUUCCAGAGGAGUUCAGAAAAACAAUGGAAAAAAGUGAAAUAACCUUCGCGCCUGAUGAUGCACCAGCGUGGAUACUUGUUCCGAAGAAAGACCUUUUUGGGCUGGGCUAUUCAGGUUUACAGCGCGGCAAUGUUCUUGGGCUUGAGGCAUCUGUUAGUGGUCCCAAACUGGUCAUGGCAGAAAAGGGAAAUAGACGCGUCAAGAUAACGGGUCAGGCUUUCGGCGUUGGUGCGUUUGAAGAAGAGGAUGAGGAUAUAUACGGCACUGAAGAUUUGACCAAGUACGACUUUGAGUUGAAAUCCAACGUCGAAAAACAGAAGUCACGAGACCCCAAAGACCGCGAAAUAAAUCCGUACAAGAAGUAUGAAGGCGAUGACGUACCGGGUUUUGUUCUAUCAAGAGUUGUGAUUACGCCAAAGAUUUACAAGCCGCCUCCAAUUCCGGACUCCUACCGUCCUAAAUACCGUUUGUACCCAAGUUGCAAGGGAAUCCGCGAACCAAAUUCUUCCCGCUGGGACAUAAAACCGGUGGAGCGUGCAAAAGAAGAAACUCAAAAUGUCAAAGUGGGGCUGAAUAGACAUUCAUUGUCGUCUCGUGAACGUGGGGCGCUCCUCGGAGAAGAAGCUGCUCCACGAAAGGAGUUGAAUGAACAAAUAUUGAGCCUUGGACAGGAACCCGUGGAAGAUGUGACCCCUGCAUCAACUGCUCUUGCACUGCUUCCUACGAAGGCGGAAUCCAAGUUUAGCGGUUCGACCUUUCGUCCGAAGAUUCGACCGUUUUCGCGGGAUUUAGAGAAGCAAAAGCGCUAUGAGCAAUAUUUGGUUCUCCGACAGAAUAACCAAGCAGAUCAACUGAAAUCUCUUCAACCUUCAAACAUGCUGGAUGCUGAUCGGGCCCAAGAACAGGCCAUGUUUGAGAGAGCUGCGACGGUGUAUGAGCCCCUCAACUCCGGUAUCAUGUCGAGAUUCGUGUCGAGUGGUACCACUGAUGCUACGAAACCUCUUCCGGAAAUCGAAAUUCAACCGGACGUGAAGGCUGCAAAUAUGAAGAUGUAUGGGAAAUUGACGCGUAUCGUAGCAGAAUGGUUUCCUGGCGACUUGUUGUGUAAGCGGUUCAACGUGAAAAAUCCUCAUCCCGACUCCAAAGAAGCACAGUCGCUUCAGGAAACAAAGCCAAAAACCAGACUCAAUCUUGCCGAUAUUCUCGGCGAAAUUUCUGUCCCAUCGAGUUCACAGGUGGAGGUAUCGCAAGAUUCAUUGAAGUCUUCCGACAAAACGCGGACUUCGCCACCUCGACUUGUCUCUCCUGUCGAGAAGAAGGUUGAUGUCGCCAAAAUCACCGUCGAAGAUCAUUCUUUGAUUCCGGAAGCUUGCGAGGAACCGGAAAUGAUCGCGGAAGAAGACAUCCAGCGACCCUCGAUUGACUUAUUCCGUGCUAUAUUUGAUGAAGACUCCGAAGAUGAAAGUGAAAAAGUGACCGUAGCUAGUCAAGAACCUGACGAGAUGAAAUCACGUACAACCCCUCCGAAAAAUCACGAUGAUCGGAAUAGCGGUGUAAAGUCUGCGAUGUUCAGUUCACGCAACAUUUCAAAAACCAACGAGGACUCCAGAAAUUCGAGAGAUGAUGCGAGUAGAAGCUCGACAGGAAAUGCUGGGAUUUUGGCCAAUCUUGACCUAAAAUCCCUCGAAGAAAAGUGGAAAACCAAUACCGAAGCGCUUUUCAAGAAAUUUUCCUUGGAGAAGAAGAGUCAAAAGGAAGUCAAAAUUUCAGCUCCCGUUGACACGUACGGCCCUUCACUUCCGCCGUUGGCGAGUGCUCAAGUAGACGACGAGUUGACGAGAGAAAGUUCUAAGAAGUCCUCUGAUUCCGAGGAUUCUCGCGUUUCCGAGUUACGUUCCGGCCGAAAGAAAAUGAAGAAACACAAGCAUCAUAAAAAGCAUUCCCACAAGAAAGACAAAAAGAAGGAGCGCAAAAAAAGCAAAAGACGCUCAUCUGAUACAUAGUGCUGUGAGUUGGUAAAUCUCCGCAAUACAAUAAAAAAACUUCGAAAACUUGAUCGAGUUUUUAUUUUUGAAAAAUUUAGGCAAAUCGUUGAAAUUAAUCUGAAAAGAGUUCAUGGUGAACGUUAUUUUUUAUUUUUUGCAGAAUAAGUUCGUGCUUCUGUGAUAUUGUACAUCUAGUCAAUCUUUGUGCUCAUUUGUGUAAUGAAAAAAUGUCGCGAACGGUGGAAUAUUCCAAGGUCGCUGCUUUAAUUCUGGCUCGAGGUGGGAGCAAAGGAGUUCCCCUAAAAAACAUCAAAAAUCUUUGCGGACAUCCUCUGAUUGCUUGGGCAAUCAACGCAUGCACGAAAGCAAAAGGGGUCGACGACGUUUGGGUUUCUACGGAUUCUGAUCUCAUUGCUGAAGAGGCUCGAAAAUGCGGAGCCCUUGUUCACCAGCGUGCCCCCUACACUGCUACUGAUGAAGCUCCUUCAAUGUUGGGUGUUCGGGAAUUCAUUCAGGCUCAUCCUGAAUAUGAAUUCAUCGGUCUAGUCCAGGCCACAUCACCCAUGAUCUUGCCCGAGUUCGUGGAUAGUGCUGUCGAGAAGAUGAAGUGUGGCGACUGGGAUAGUGUUUUUGCUGUCAAGCGAAUGCACACUUUUCUCUGGAAGGAGAACAAAUGUGACCAGGGCCUUGGUGCCUCCCCAAUCAAUGUUGAUCCAGCGAAUCGACCUAGAAGACAAGAUUGGCCUGGUGUCCUAGCAGAAAACGGGAUGUUCUACUUCUUUCGAUCGUCAACUUGUAUCUUAUCUCCUUUCCAGAGUGGGAGAAUUUCAGUCGUUGAAGUCCCUGACAAGUUUAGCCUGGAAAUUGACGACGAGUUGGAUUUCUGUUUGGCUAGGGAAAGCAUUUAUUUCCUGGCUGAUGAGUUGAUCUCAAGGGGUUCACUUAUCCCAUAUUCACGAUCUACCUGAGGUGCUACUAGUAAUAUGCAUGGUCGGCUGUAUGCCGUCAUGUAUAUUUAACUCGUGUGGUCGUCCCGGUGCUUGAGUUGUAUCUGCUGACAAUCUUCCUGAUUUUUCGCGGAUCUCAUUUGCAAUUAUGUGCUGAUCUUAGAAGUUAGAACUGAACAACGCCCACUGUGUUCCAGGAUGAUUUUGUGAUUCCCUGAUCGAGGCUUUUUUAUUUUAAUGUUUUUUAAAGGAAUGCUGUGUUCAAAUUUUUGUCUGACGGGAAAACGGGAAAUUUGAUGUGAAAGUGUUAUCCCAGUAUGUCCUCAAUGUUUUUUUUUGGAACCAAGGCAUGAAAUAGAAUUUGGCUUUAGCCAGGAUGACUGUGUGUAACGGAUUAUGCGGGAAAGUUUUCUAAAUAUUUUUCCCGUAUUCACGCGAAUAUGACGAAAUCCCCUUAUAGUUGUGUCACUGAAUGGACCUAAUCUUCAGCAACGUGAGUCUAUUACUCAUGAAGUAACCAUGUAAAAUAUACCAUUGUGCAGUACUUCGAAUACCUAAGUGAGUUAUUUUUAGGCCCCCAAAUUCUUCCGAAUGAAAUGUUUGAGACGAUGAUAAAUAAAUAAUCUGUUGCAUUUAAAAGGUAUUAAAAUGCAGUUCUAAAUCGGUAUUCUACUUUUAAUAUCUUGAAAUAACGAUCACUUUCACUAAUUAAUAUUGUGUUUCCCAUAGCUUCAAUUUUUGAAGGACAUUCCCUUUUCGCGAAGUUGAUUAUGCAAAGCAUUGUCUAAAGCAAAAAUGGGAGCUAGUGAUUUUUUGGCACAAAAAAAAAAACCGUUUACGGGGUGCCACAAUAUAGGUCGUAUAUGAUUUUAUUUAAUUUUCAGCGUUUAGAAUGAGUGCAAAAUGUUAAUUGACGCAAAAGGCAAAGAAAUAGAACACUGAAUCCAAAUGUUUUCAAAAGUUUGGACCAAAUAAUUGCUGUCUGAUUUCGCGUGAGCACGGGUAUGGAGGCAGAUGAAGCAACAUGUUGGACUUGCGAACGAA